AUGCGUUCUGUCUCUGCAGCAGUUUUGAUUUUCUCUUGCGUUGCUUCAAUAGCUUCUGCCGCUCCCACCGGUGCUUUCACUUUCGAUAAUGACCCUUUGCACAAUGGCUUCCCAAACCCAAGUCCCGAUCAAAUCAUCAAGAUCGAACAAGCAGCCCACGGAAGUCUUCCUAUUGCCGCUGCUGCAGCCAAGAAUGCUACUUCGAAAGCUCCUAGCGCCGAUACUUUGACCUCCUUGCGUUUCAUUGCCUUCAAUGAGCUCUUCGAGGUUGCAUUCUUUACCUCCCUCAUCAACAACAUCACCGCAGGUGUGGAUGGCUUCAAGAUCAACAAUGGGACAGCACAAAAGUACCUUCUGGAUGACUUGACUGCCAUUCAGGCUCAAGAGGAACUUCACGCACUGAACGCCAAUAACGGGCUCAAAGCAAACAAACAGAACCCUAUCCAGCCUUGCCAAUAUGUCUUCCCAACAACCAACUUAAAAGAUGCCAUUGCGCUUGCGUCCAAGUUCACAGACAUCGUUCUUGCUACCCUGCCAGACAUUCAAACGGGAUUCGCAACCAACGGCGAUAAUGGUCUUAUUAGAGGUGUUGGUGCAGUUAUUGGCCAAGAGGGUGAGCAGAAUGGUUUCUACCGCCAAUUCGACAAGAAGAACAAGAAGAUCCCCAGCGCCCUCCCUUUCUUGACUGCCGGUACUCGAAACUUCGCCUUUUCCGCCCUGAACCAGAACUUCGUCGUCCCAGGCUCUUGCCCCAACAUCCAAGACAUCACUAAUGACAAGAACAUUGCAAUCUUCGACGCACUUGCCGUGGAAACCGACGGUGGCAACCUUAAGCCCCAGACUCAGAACGUGAAGUUCAGUUUCGUGGCAAGCGAGAUCAAACCUGAGUGGAAGGGUACAAACAGUGACUGGACUGGUCUUUCUCUCGUCUACAUCAACCAACAGAACGCCCCAAUAAGCGAGAAGCUCCUGAACGUCCAGGCUACUGUAGGAUCAAACGGCAUUACAAUCUCGUUCGAGGCCAGCUUCCCCUUCGAUGGCGUUGCUUUCGGUAAUGGCCUGACGCUCGCGGCUGUGGUUCCCUCCAACAGUGACGUCUCCAGCGUGACUACCGUUUCGGCGGCUACUCUUGCAGGCCCUGGCUUGAUCGAGGUGAACUAG